GUUGGCUAUGGGACAUUUAAAAAAAAUAAUUGAGUCUUGCCAUACGUCACGUUGCGAUAAAUCACGCCACAUUGUAUUAGGCCCACAUUAUAUCAGAAGUACAUUACAUUACAUUUUAUUAUUAAUGUAUGUUCGAAACAAUUGCCUUCUACUCUCGCGUGGUAAUUUUGUAAUAUCCUAAACAUUUUUACGAACCAAUAAUAUUAGAGCACGUCUGGCUAUUAGCUGGUUCUUAUUUUAGUAACAAAAAACCCACAAUUAAUAUUAAAUGCGUCUGUAGCCUGUGCGCCGAAGAGAAUACGACGUAAAUCACAAUGGCUCCAAGACUGUGUAGAUGCUACGGAUAUUUCCACUGCAAGAACUGCGAUCACGGGUGGGAAAGCUCCCAAGUGUACUGUGUUGCUGGUACUUUUAAAGUGUACUACAAACAGGCCUGUAAAUACUGCAGACCAAAACAAUACAUUUUCCCGUACAGAGUCGAAGAUCUGGAGUGUCCUCGUUGCAACAUGGUCACCGGAGAAUGCGAAUGCUGCUACGACGAUGACGACGACGAUCGACACAUCGACACACAAAAGCGCCACCUGGCGGAAUUGUGUGGGAAGUGCCGAGCUGGAUUCCCGUGUGGAAGAAACAACGACGUCGAGAGUUGCAACUUCUGUGGCUUGGGCAUGACACACUGCCAUUGCCGAGGAGGAGGAAACAGACGACGACGACGACGGCGAUAUUGAAAUCUCGAAUGAAGGCCGAGAAUGAAAAUUAAAAAUGCUGGAGUGUAUCACACGAUCUACAAGAUUUAAUAAUAAUAAUAUUAAUAAAACAUCAUAGAAAUGUCAAGAACAGAAAAGAAAAAAAAGAAAUAUGAAAUUUAUUAUUAAAGUUGAAACUUCCAGACAGAAGAAUCAGUGAAUACAAUAUUCACAAAAACGUUUUGAUGUCAGCAGAUAAAGUUGAACUCUGCAGUUUGAUCUGUUUGGUGCUAGCUGCAGUUAGUGCACACAAUAUUUUGAAAUCGGAAUUCGUUUGGAAGCAUUAAACAUUAAUUGCAUGAUGCUAUUUGCACAACAUGACCGUCUGACGGUAACAGUUAUAUAAAAUACGACAAAGCAAAGAGUAUUUAAAAACCCCCACCGAAACUUGUCAUAAUGGAAGACGAUCUAAGUCAACAUUCUCAUUUUGUACUGUAUUUUACUUGAUACAAAGUCUUUGUACAAAAAAAACCCCUACCACCACCAGUGCGCCACCCCUACCAACAGUAAAUUGUUUUCUGCAUUGAAAUCUUGACUGCUAGAAAUGAUCCAUAUUUCCUUACACAAUUUUAGAUUCAAAUAAACCGUCACACGAACGAGUAAAUCAUAGUACAAAGGAAAUAUGAUGGCAGUGUGUUUUAUGGAAUAGCUAUAACUUGAACUGUGUAUAUAUUUUGUAUAUUUAUAACAUUUAUUCUCAUACGCGUCGGGUGUGAGAGGGAGGCACCCGUCCCCCAACUCUCAAGAUAUUGCAAAGCAACCUGUUGCAAAUCAAAUUAAUAUAAUAUAUAUUAUAUAUCUCUAGCUUCAAGUAUAUACAGAUGAAUUAUUUUAGUACAGUACAAAUACUUUUUAAUAUUAAUAAUAGAUUAAAGAGACAUUCCUGAGUUUGCUGCAUUGUAAGAUGUUUCCAAAAAAAUUAAAUAUUUCUACGAUUAAACUUGUAUAUUAAAUAUAUUUUCUUGUUUAGA